AUGUGUCUCCUCCGUCGUCUACAGGCACCCGUGUGGUCUCAUAGUAGACGAACAACCUCUCCAUAUAAUAUCCAGAUUCAUGCACCUCCAUUUCCAUCGAUACAGAUGUGUUUGCCAUUGCUGCAAGAAGUUUCGACGUGGGCGCUUGCAGCGGACGGACUGCAGCAAAAGUGGAAGGGCCUAAAACAACGUACUGUAUGGCGCUACAAGACACUCAAGGAUAACAAUAAGGCUAUCGUUUUUAGUGAUGAGAUGCAGAAGGAAGUGCAUCUGAAGCCUCGCAAUCGACGGCUGGAUGACCCUUUGGCUUGUCACAAUGUGCUAACAACAGUAUCAACGUCGAGUCUCAAUGGAAUUUUAGGUGCUACAUCACCCGAGGAUUCGAGUCAAUUCUGCAAGACAAUGGUUGGCUUUAUGCUGUAUACGUGUACCCCGUCUGGACGUGCAAAGGUGUUGGACGUCCUCACGAAACAGAGACUAGGAGAGAUCACGAUUGCCAAUCGAGCACUAAUUAUCCGGGCUAUUCAACGCUGUUUAUUGUCACCGCUGGUCCGUGACAAAGCUGUGCUUCAUAGUGCUGCGAAGAAUGUCGUCUGUGGCACAUUUGGCUUGGAGCUGUCCGUUUUGAAGGAGCAGAUUCAUUCAGACGAAGAGGCUUUUAUUGAUGCAGCGGGUCACAUUCAGUUUGGAGAUCGUAUGGAUUCAGGUAAGCUAUUAUUCCGCCGAACAGUACCAAUGCAAGAAGAACCACCGCACUCGGGAGAUCUCAUCCAACUCAUUUUCGGAAACAAGAAUAUCACGGAAGUUGUGGCCAUGAUGCAGCAUAUUGCGGUGGAAAGUGUGAAGGUCAAGGAGAAUCAGCCAAACCUGAUCAAGGUAAUGAGCGAUAUUGAUGACACUCUCUUUCCGGGAUGGCUCGAUAAGCGCUAUCCACUGCACAUUCCCUACCCAGGCGUCUCAGAACUCUAUGCGCGGCUAUCACGUGGACUUGCACAAGAUGCAAACGGCGAGAGUGUGCGCCCGUCCAUCACCUUUCUCACUGCUAGACCUCGUGGAUGGCUAAGUGUUGGACGCUAUCUAACGCUGCAGCACUUGAAAAGCCUAGGAAUGCCGAACGUCACGGUGCUUAACGGGUCAGUGAAAGGUCUUGUAAGCAUCGAGAAGAUCGCGAAUCUCAAGAUGGACAACUUCACUCGCUUUGCAGCAUUAUUUCCAGAGUUCAAGUUUGUCUUCUUUGGUGACUCAGGUCAAGGCGAUGCGCUGUUGGCAUUGCGACUGCUGAAAAACUGCCCAGAGCAAGUACUUGGUACUUUCAUUCACAAUGUGAGUCCGAUCUUUGCUCGGACCGGCGAUGGUGGGGCAAAGCGGGCGUACGCUGCGGAAGGUGUCGAGUUCUUUGAGACUUAUGCAGGUGCUGCGCUUGGCGCGUACAAAAAGGGGUUGAUCUCAGCCAAGGACGUCUUAGCUGUGGCGGACGCCUGUACAAAGGAGCUGGACGAAAUCCUCUUUCUUGAACCUGAGGCCACUGCCACAAAAACAAAGAGACGCCUGGAACUGCAGCAAGAUAUUGACCUCAUUCACACGUGCUUGCAUGCGACGGAAGCUGUCUCUCUCAGUCACUGCGAUGGACCGUGA